GAUCAACAGGCAACAACAAGUCGCUGAAGAAUCGGUUUAAAACUCUCCCAUAAUUUACGGUUGCUGAGAUAAUCUUCCUCUACAAUAAUUAAGUACUCACUGAUUGCUUAAAAGAUGGUCGCUGGGAUAUUUGUGCUCCUGCUGCUGGCUGCCUUUUUCCAGGUUGCUGUCACGCAGAUGUCACUUCUUAAUGAGAGUCGCGAUACACAAGCACUAUUGAGCGGUGGUGUAGAAGCUGUGUUGGCCGCAGUGUCGGAGCCUCGCUGUUCCGUCAUGUACUUCACAGACGGCGCCUCAACCCUCAGCACUUUGGCUAAGCGUGACCAUCAACAAGGGAUGCCCUGGAGUGUGUCAGUGUUCGAAGUGGCACCAGAUAGUCAGGGCCCUAACAUGUCGCUGACGCAGCUCUCCGGGGUGGUCAAGGAGGCUCAGCGGGUGCGGCAGGUGUCGUGGUGCGUGACGGUGGUGGUGGUGAGCGACGACCUCGCCUUCCUCGCCACCUUCGCCCAGUGGUCCCUCAAGGGCCGCCUCCUGGUGUCGUCGACAAGGCUUCUGGUCCUCACCGACGACUCUCUGUUGAACCAUCCAACCCUGAGUGGGAUCUACUCCAAGAUUAACGCCAUGAUGCUCGUCGUAAAAGUACUCCACAGUUAUAAUGAGUGCAGUGUGUACAUGCUGGUGCCAUACAGUCCCCAGGGAGCCCAGGCGCUGAAGGUGGCCUCCUGGACGCCCCACCGAGGCCUCACCCUCACCUCCAGCCUCCCUCUCUUCCCUGACAAGUUCUCUAAGCUCUCCAACGGCCCACAUCUAGUGGUUGUCAGUGAAACGUAUCCUACACACGAACCUAUGAUGGUUGACGACCCCAAGACGCCAGGAAAAAAAGUUCUUCAAUUCUUCAGUGCCAUGGCGAAGGUUCUUGAACUUUUAGCUGACACAACAAAUUUUACGUAUACGCAUGUGAGACCUCCGGAUGGUAUAUGGGGAUCCCAGCAGAAUGAUGGGUCCUGGUCGGGUAUGGUGGGAAUGGUGAGCAGGCAGGAGGUGGACAUUGGUCUUGGCCCCUUUGCUAUCGAUGCUCAGUCAGCUGCGGUUGUGGACUUCACGUGGCCAGUGACAAUAGAAUACAUUAGGAUCCUAGGAGGUCGAGGUCGGGCGGAGGUGGACCCGUGGGGUUUCCUCUUCCCUCUGGACCCGCUGGUGUGGGCGUCCAUCUUGGGGGCGCUACUGGUGCUGCCUCUUGCGGUGUUCCUCAUGUCCUCAUGCACUUCCAUUAAGACUCCGGUCCAAUUUAUGGACGAGACAUUCAACUUUACAUCACUAAUUCUAAAUCAAGGAUAA